AAUUAAUAGGAUUAGUCUAUAAGAUUUAAAUCUGUUAUAUGUUAAGUCUUAUUCAAGCAGUUAUUGCUAAAUCCGUGAAAUAGUCCCUUUUCAGUUAAGUUGGUGUGAGGUUUUCCUUUCGGUGUUCGUAUUAACACCGCUUUCCGAGCGGCACCUGAAGGCGGCGCAGAGCUGGACAGGUGAGCGCGCGGAGGCACCUGAGCGACCGGUGCGGUGGUCUGGGACUAUGGAGCAGCGGGGGCUGUCGGACGAGGCGGUGAGCGCCGCCUGUAAGGAGGGAAACGCCAUCACGAAGGACUUCAUGAUGCAGCAGACGAUGCUGCGGGUCAAAGAUCCGGCCCGGUCCCUGGACUUCUACACGCGCGUGCUGGGCUUGACGCUGCUGCAGAAGAUCGACUUCCCUUCGAUGCGGUUCACCCACUACUUCCUGGGCUACGAGCACAGGUCCGACAUCCCCGCUGACGUCAGCGAGCGGACGGCCUGGACCUUCUCCCGCAGAGGCACCGUGGAGCUGACACAUAACUGGGGCUCGGAGCGGGAUUCAGGCCUCUCGUACCACAAUGGAAACCACGAACCUGUGGGGUUCGGCCACAUCGGCAUCGCCGUCCCCGACGUCAGCGCUGCCUGUCAGUUAUUCGAGCAGCAGGGGGUGAAGCAGGUCCGCGCACGUGCCUCAGGUAAACCGGGUCAGACCUUCAUCCAGGAUCCUGACGGCUACUGGAUCGAGAUCCUGAACCCCAGCGACAUGGUGUCAGCGAUGGCGUCUUAAAGAUCAGGCUGCGUGAAACUCGCACUCUAGCUCUUUGGACUCUCGGUUUUCUUGUUUUUGCUCAGGGACGUUGUCGUCGUGUUGAUCCUCUGUCUGAGCGUCGACCCGUUCGGCGCCGUGCAGUGGAGUCUACAGUAUUACCUCAUCAGAACUGUUCUGAAGCAGUGUAUCCUCAUGUACCACUGGUCACUGCGAAGCGGCGUCAGAACCGGGUCAGCUGACGGGCCUGAGCGGCUCCAUGGACCCGUUCAGGCCCGUCAGCUGUGAUCCGCGUCUGUUGGAGGUGAAACGUUCUGUCUGUCACAAUAAAUGAUGGUGCCAAAACAAA